AUGGACUUAGAGUUUAGACAGUUCUUAUCAGAGGUCCAGCAGAUAAACAGCCAGAUAGACAGCGCAGGGAAGCUGUACACAGAGUACAUCACAGAGUGCGAGAUGGAGGAAAGGAGAGAUUUUGCAUGCGCGGGAAGCAGACAGAAAAACAGAAAUAUUUCUGAAGAGUUCAAUGGCGCUCUUUUGGCGAUAGAGAAAGAAAUAUCAAAAUUAUCGGAAAAAAUCAAAGGAUCAGAAUCACCACAGAAACAGCUGCACAUAAAAAGCCUCUCAGACAGAACAAAGAGAGUGCUCGAGGCCUUCGCAGCAGAGGAACAGGCUAUCCUUAGAAAAGAAAAAGAAAGACUGAAAGAGCAGUACCUAAUAGCCAAUCCGGAUGCGAGCAAUAACGAGCUAGACGAAUUGAACGAUGAAGAAAGGGCAGAGUCACUGAUUAAAGCAGCGUACUCUCUUGGGAGCAAAGAGGAAAAAGAAAAUGUGGAGGAAGCAGAAAAAAGAAGCAAAAAUGUUUUUAAGAUACUGAAAGACAUAAAAACACUCGAAAGCAUAGGAGAGCGGCUGCAAAAGAUAAUAGAAACAGCAAGUGAGCCGCUGUGCAGCACGGCAAUAGCCACGUAUACAACAAAUAAAAACACAGAGCAAACAAACAGGAUAAUAGAAAGAAUAAGAAAGCAAAGAAGGAGAAAGAGAACACUAAAGAUAAUAACAACUUCUAUUGUAUUCAUCCUGGGCAUAGUGAUUAUAGGAUACAUUGUAAAGAUACUAAAGCCAUUCAUCCCAAAAAAAGAAUAA